AGGGAACCCCCCAGAAGGACGUUGUGUUUAAAGGCUGAUGUGCCAAAAGCCCUUCUUCUGGACAAACACGCGGAGUACAUUGAGUCUUAUGGAGCCAAGAAGGAUGAUUAUGAAUAUUGUAUGUCGGAGUACUUAAGGAUGAGUGGUGUCUACUGGGGCCUAACUGUUAUGGAUCUGAUGAGCGAGCUUCAUCGAAUGAACAAAGAAGAGAUCCUGGCGUUCAUCAAGUCUUGCCAGCAUGACUGCGGCGGAUUCAGUGCCAGUAUCGGACACGAUCCUCAUCUACUUUAUACACUUAGUGCUGUGCAGAUCCUCACUCUUUUUGACAGUCUUUCUGAAGUGAACACAGAGAAGAUAGUCGAAUAUGUUCAGAGUCUACAGAAGGAAGAUGGAUCCUUUUCUGGAGACAAAUGGGGGGAAAUAGACACUCGUUUCUCUUUCUGUGCUGUAGCAACACUUGCACUGCUGGGGAAGCUGGAUGCUGUGAAUAUAGAAAAGGCGAUAGACUUUGUUUUGUCAUGUAUGAACUUUGAUGGCGGUUUUGGCUGCAGACCCGGUUCAGAGUCCCAUGCUGGACAGAUCUAUUGUUGCACAGGAUUCCUGGCCAUCACCAACCAGUUGCAUCAAAUCAAUGCUGAUUUACUGGGCUGGUGGCUCUGUGAACGUCAGCUGCCAUCAGGAGGUCUCAACGGGCGACCAGAGAAGCUUCCAGAUGUGUGCUAUUCCUGGUGGGUCUUGGCCUCCCUGAGGAUAAUUGGAAGACUCCACUGGAUUGAUAGAGAGAAGUUACGCAUGUUUAUUUUGGCCUGUCAGGAUGAAGAGACGGGAGGAUUUGCAGACAGGCCCGGUGAUAUGGUGGAUCCGUUUCAUACGCUUUUUGGAAUUGCUGGGCUGUCGCUGCUGGGAGAGGAAGGCAUCAAACCCGUGAAUCCAGUGUUCUGUAUGCCUGAAGAGGUCCUGCGUAGAAUUAAUGUACAGCUUGAGCUAGCGAGCUAG